AUGGCAAGUUCUGUAGACUCUGCUCUAAUACAAAUUGUAGGUGUCUUUAUUUCGCAAGCUGAUGCAACAUUGGUUCUUGCCACAUAUGGAACGAUUGCUUCCGAGUUCAACGACCUGCAGAAUGGGAGCUGGUUGAUAUCGAGUUACAUGCUUGCCAUGUGUACAGCGCAGCCUCUGUAUGGAAAAUUAAGCGACAUCUUUGGGAGGAAGAAUAUGCUCCAAGUCUCCUACGGCUUAUUUGCCUUGGGUAGUCUGUUAUGUGGAUUUGGGCAAUCGAUUCUGCAACUUGUCGUAGCUCGUUCUGUCCAAGGACUGGGUGGUGCUGGGAUGGUAUGCCUGGUGUCAAUCAUCAUUACCGAUUUGGUCCCGCUCAGAGAAGUGGCAACGUACAGGAGUUACGUGAAUAUCAUUCAAACCAUGGGUAGAUCUUCGGGCGGUGCUAUUGGAGGCUUCCUUGCUCAAGCCAUCGGCUGGCGAUGGGCCCUUUCAGUUCAGUCUCCCUUGACAUUAAUCGCUAUGGGCCUUAUGACCGUCGGUCUUACUAUCGACAAGCAGAAGAGUAGCCAUGAGGAAGGCGAUGCUCCGCAUCCCAGUCUUACUCAAAGUCUGCGCCGGGUAGACUUUGCCGGCGCACUCUUCAUGAGCGUCUCAGUUCUUUCAUUGCUUCUCAUUCUUGAUGUGGGAGGUGAGAAGGUUCCCUGGAACUCUCCCCUAAUCCUCAUAUUAUUGGAAACGAGCGUAGCCGCUGGCGUUCUAUUUUUCCAGACCGAGAAGAGAUGGGCCGCGGAACCAAUCUUCCCUCUUCACCUUCUUUCAAAUAGGAAUGUGUUGAUACCAUACUUCAUUUCCAUUUUGCAGAAUGCAACCCAAUGUGUGCUCGUCUUCGUCAUUCCUCUAUAUUUUCAAGUAACUCAAAACUCAAGUACCGGGGAAGCAGGGGCCUACUUGAUCCCUACCGUCGCUGGUAACGCUAUCGGAGGACUCCUUACCGGUAGAGCGAUCAAGAAUACCGGCCGAUACAAACUCGCCACCCUCCUGGCACCUGUGAGCUCAUGCUUCUGCUUCGUGCUUCUUCUAUUGUUCUGGAACGGAAAGACACCGAUUUGGCAGUCCCUCUUGGUCUUCUUCGGCGGCUUCGGAACCGGAAUUGCGCACUCGGCCAUCUUUGUGGCCAUCGCAGCCGGCGUCGACGAAGAACACAUGGCUAUAGCGAGCUCCGGUCUCUAUCUUAGCACGAGUGUCGGUGCUGUAACUGGCAUAUCCGCUGGGAGUGCCGUUAUGCAAGCCGUUUUACGGCCGACUUUAGAGAAAUCUCUGGUUGGCGUUGUGCCGAAUAUUGAAGAGGUGGUAGGAAAAGCACUCUCAGAUAUUAAAUACGUCCAGAAACUGGAAGGCUUGGCUCACGAACUCAUCGUGGAUGCAUAUCUCCAGAGUUUCCGGGGAAUGUUCAUUCUGUGCAUCGUCCUCAGUUUUCUGUGCUUUGUCGCAGGAUUUCUUCUUCGGGAAAAGCGUUUAAGCUGA